AUGCCUUGGGUUGACGUCCCCGACGAGGAACCGAAGAGCAAUCUCAAACGAAAUGGUACCACGAUGAAUGGUGACAACGGACAUCGUCGCAAGAAGGCGCGACACUCGUAUAAUUCGGGAUCAGGAAGUGGAGGAAGCGCAGGUCCCUCCGCGUCCACAACAAUCCAAGAACAGCGCGCCCAAUUGCCUAUUGCCCAGGGUCGAGAGGCUCUAAUCGAGGAGAUACGGAGUAACGACGUUACCGUGCUUUUGGGUGAAACAGGUUCAGGCAAAACUACCCAAAUACCGCAGUACAUCUUUGAAUCCGGACUCGCAGGGAACGGUGUCAUCGCAAUCACCCAACCACGGAGAGUGGCAGCCACAAGUCUCGCUGCUCGAGUUGCUCUCGAACAGAAUGCACAACUUGGGCAACUCGUCGGCUACUCGGUUCGUUUCGACGAAAAGUACAGCUCGAGUACCCGUAUCAAGUACAUGACGGACGGUAUGAUCGUCCGAGAACUAUUGUCCGACCCCAUGUUGUCGAGAUAUAGUGUUGUCAUCGUCGACGAAGCACACGAACGCACUCUACGGACGGAUCUGCUUAUAGCCAACCUCAAGAAGAUCCUCAAAGCCCGGAAUGGACCCAUCGCAGACGAUGCCAAAGGCAAGAAGCAGAGUCAUCCGCUGAAGGUGGUUAUCAUGAGUGCAACCCUCGAUGCGGAAAAAUUCAGCCGCUUCUUCUACAACGCCAAAAUCUUAUACGUCCAAGGUCGACAGCACCCUGUUACCAAUUACUACGCCGCAGAAAAUCAACUAGACUACGUCGACUCAGCAAUGCGGACAUUCUUCCAAAUACACCUGGACCGCCCUCCAGGCGAUGUUCUCAUCUUCCUCCCAGGCCAGGAAGACAUAGAAAGUUUACAGGCCUCGAUAGACCUCUUCGCAAAGCAACUGCCCUCCAAAGUCCCAGGCGUGCUCAUAUGCUCAAUGUUCGCAGCCCAAGAUCAGAGGAAGAACUCUCAAGUCUUCGCACCCACCCCACCCAAUACCCGAAAAUGCAUUCUCGCCACAAAUAUCGCAGAAACUUCUAUCACAAUACCCGGCGUAACAUAUGUGAUUGAUACAGGGAAGUGUAAGGAAAAACAGUUCCUUGCAAGGUCCGCUGGAGGAGGAUUUGAUACCUUGCUGACUAGGGAUAUCACAAAGUCCUCGGCGAUGCAGAGGUCAGGUCGAGCAGGUCGAGAGGGCAAAGGCUAUUGCUUUAGACUCUACACGGAGGCAUCGUUCAAUGCGAUGACACCCUCCGCAGAGCCAGAAAUCCUUCGUUGCAGUCUUACAUCAAGUAUACUGCAAUUGAAAUGUCUCAAUCAAAACUUGGAAGAUCUCGACCUUAUGGAUUCUCCCGACCCUGAUUCCAUAAUAUCCUCCCUCAAAACACUCUGGCUACUCGGCGCAAUUGACAACAAAGCUAAGCUCACGCCCGCCGGCCGAGAAAUGGCCGCCUUCCCCCUUGAGCCCCAAUACGCUUGUGCAGUCGUUGCCUCCAAAAACUACGGAUGCACCUCUGAAAUUCUGGACAUCGUCUCCGUCAUCUCAGCGUCGUCCAAACUCUUCAUUGACGCUUCAGAACAUCGCGACACUGCGACGGAAGUUCGUAGAAAGUUCCGACAUCCAACGGGCGAUCACAUGACGAUCCUCAACAUUGUUCGAGCGUACCGGGAAGUGACGGCUUCGACAGUCAAUGGGACUGUCGUCUAUGGCCCAGGAGGCUCCAACGAAGGCAGUGCGAAGGGCAACAACAAGGACAAGGCUGCGAAACGAGAGUGGUGUAGGAAGCACUUCUUGAACGAGCGGGCGUUGUUAGAAGCCAAGGAUAUCCGUGACCAGCUGCGGAUGGUAUGCGAGAGGGUGAAUAUCGACUGGACAGUCUCGGCUUUGUCGAAGAAGAGUGGUGAGAACGAGGGGAGGACGGAAGAGGAUGCUAUCGUUAGGAGUAUGGGACACGGUUUGGUGGGGAACGCUGCUUUCCUUCAACCUGAUGGCACCUAUAAGCAGAAUCUGGGCCCUUCGACCGUGAAGAUUCACCCAAGCUCAUCAAUGUGCGACAAGAAAGUACCCGCAAUUAUUUAUGAUGAAUUGGUUUAUACCAACCAGAUUUACGCUCGAGGCGUUUCGGCCAUUUCCAAGGCCUUCUUCGCCUCGCACAGCGCCUUCACUCAGCGCAAGGCCUGA